AUAUUCCAUUUGAGCCAAAGAAUGAAGCUCCUCAUCGUGCCGGCUGGAAUCCCCAACUAAGUGCUGGGAAGAGAACAACACCGACCACGACUAUAAGACCAGAGGUGCUAGCUCUCGGUACUGACCAUUCUGCUUUACCUUUGGCUCAGCACGCACCUCACCCAACAACCCAAGUGGAUGGUUUAGGGCCGUACCAACCCCACGUAUCAAAAGUUUCGCAUUUUUAUUACAACUCCAUUUCAAAAAACAACUUCAAAGUGAUAUCCACCUUUACCUGCAAUUCUAUUCUCCGCUAAGCUUCAUUAUUUUCGAGGGUGAUACUAUUCUUUUAAAAACAAAUAAAAAUAAAGACGAGUCGAAAAUAGAUAAAAGUAAAAAAGUGCAAGUGGAAUCGAGCAGCCAUCGUGGCGGAUGCACAGCACCAUGAUUCGCCAGACAAGGUUACAGUGGAUCGUCUUUGGUUUAGUGGCGAGUCUCGUCGGUAUUGAUCCGCAACCGCAACGCCAUCCGCAUUCCUUGUGGAGCUCAUUUCAACCUCCUACAAAUGGAAUCGAUCACCAACGACAAUCUCCAGCAAAGCGCCCAUUUCACCUUCCAGUCAACCAAUACACGCGCCAAGGCGGCGACAAUUGCGCCAUCAACAUUCCUGGACGCAACGGGGACUCGGCGUGCGUGACGUACGAGGCCGUAAACGCGGCUUUUAGCGCCACCAAACUGCGGAUGAACCUACCCGGACCUAAAGGACGUUCCAUGACCGACAUUGACGUCGACCACUUGAGUCAAAUAUUGGUGGAGACCAGCCGCAAUUUGAUCAAAGAGUACAAUCUGCACCCAGACGCAGUCCACGAGGCAUUGCCUUUGAUCGACACUCAGCGGACCGUCAUCGACGACUUUUGUCCGGCUUACCUCAAGAGACCCAAGUGCAGCGUCAAGCGCUACAGGGAAUACAACGGCAUGUGCAACAACCUGGAUCACCCACACUGGGGGGCCACUCUUUCGACAAUGCGACGCCUGUUGCCGCCCGAUUACGCAGACGGUGUCAGCGAGCCGAGAAUCUCAGUGACAGGUAAAGAGCUGCCGACGGCCCGCUACGUUUCGGCCAUCAACCAUCGCGAUUUCGGCUUUCACGAUCACGCAGUCACCGUCUACCUGCCAGCCUGGGGCCAGUUGAUCGAUCACGACAUGACGAUGGGAGCAGAGAGCAAAGAUCCCGAGACGGACGCCGAGCCGAAAUGCUGCGAUAAGACGCCAAACCAGCGCCAUCCGGCCUGCUGGCCCGUCGAGAUCCCUACAGAGGACCCGUUCUACUCGAAUUUCGGACGCCGUUGCAUGGAGUUUGUCCGAUCGGGCUCUGGACUGACUGAGAAUUGCAAAUUAGGUUCUCGCACAACGAUGAACAUCAUCACCAGCACGUUGGACGCCAAUUUCGUUUACGGCUCGUCCAAAGAGACGGCCGACAAAUUGCGCCGCUUCCAGGGCGGCCUCCUCAAGACCAACUCGGCCAAUCAUCACCUUGGCCUUAAGGAUCUUUUGCCACCCAAAUUGGAAAGUCCCGACGCUGGAUGCGUCCGCCCAAACAAGGACGUCUACUGUUUCCUCGCCGGCGACACUCGAGCCAAUCAGCAAGUGAUGCUCACCACUCAUCACACCAUCAUGAUGCGAGAGCACAACCGCAUCGCCGUCGAAUUCGGUUAUAUCAACCCCCACUGGGACGACGAGAAGAUCUACCAGGAAACGCGACACAUAGUAGCGGCCAUGGUCCAGCACAUCACCUAUAACGAAUUUCUGCCCAUGGUCCUGGGCAAGGACAUUAUGAGCCGUUACGGUCUCCUUCUAGACAAGAAGGGCAUGGGUUCAUUUUACGACCCCACGGUGGAUCCUACGAUUCCCGUUGGCUUUUUCGCGGCCGCUUACCGAUUCGGCCACUCGCUCAUUCCAUCGACCAUCGAACGCUGGAGUGUCUCCCAUCAAUUCGUCUCGGCCCGGCGGUUGAGCGAAAUGCUCCUGAAUCCCAUCGACAUGUACGGGCCAGGCAUUUGCGAUCAGUACCUGUCCGGUUUCAUGAAUCAAGUAUCUCAAGCCGUCGACGAUUCCGUCACAGAAGAGUUGACGAACCACUUGUUCCAAGAAGGUCAAAACAGAUGGGGUCUCGAUUUGGCUUCGCUCAACAUGCAACGUGGCAGGGAUAACGGCGUUCCGUCUUACAACGCUUUCCGGCGCUACUGCGGUCUGCCUCCCGCACGACACUGGGACGACCUGAUCGGAGUCUUCACCAACGACACCCUGCAACGCUACACCAACAUCUACUCGACUCCAGACGACAUCGAUCUGUGGUCGGCCGGCAUCUCUGAACGGCCUGCGCCGGGCAGUAUGGUCGGCCCCGUGUUUGGCUGCAUCAUCGGCGAGACGUUCAGAAAUUUGCGCUACGGCGAUCGAUUCUGGUACGAAAACGGCGGUUGGCCCAGUUCAUUCACGCAAGCUCAAUUACAAGAAAUACGAAAAGUGAAACUCUCCCGGCUAGUCUGUGACAACGGCGACCACAUCGACAGCGCUCAAGUCUACGUCAUGGUUCUGCCCGAUCCCAAAUUGAAUCCCCGUGUGCCUUGUCGGAGCUCCAUCCUGCCUCGAAUCAAUUUGGAACUGUGGCGAGACAGCGGCGACAAUGCGAAUUACGACGGAGAACACAGCACCGGCAUAGAAGAGCCGGCCACCGUUUCAAUUCAUCCCCAUGAGACGGAACAGCUGUUUCAAGUGCCACCAGCUUUCCAACAUCUACAAGAAGAGGCUCUCUUAUUCGACGAGCCCAAAUAUCCGCCUGAUCCCAAUCAUCACAUCAAACCUCCUCCUCAACAAGAUUAUGUUGAACCUCCUCAUCAUCACCAGCAUCAUCCGGAACCCAUUCAUCAUCAUUCGGCAGGACCCGCUUAUCAGCACCGUCCGCAGCAAUAUCAUCCGCCCCCAAAAGCGUCUCAUCCGCCUCCAGUGCCGGCCAUAUUUCCCGUAUCUGGAACGGGUGGCGUUCUUCUCCUUCCUGGUCCUCCCGGCCAUCACGGCCAUCACGGCCAUCACCACGGACACAACUACGGCCCUCCUCCAGCAGCGGGAUAUAAUCACGUCCGUCGUCCCCCACGAACCCGCGUCAAAAGUAAUAUUUUAGGUAAAUUGCUGAAGCUGAAAGGCUGAUCGACUUCCACGCGAAAUAAAAAGGCUAUUUUGAGAACACGCCAAAAAAGCAACAACAACGACAUCGACAAGGUCUGUACGUGCGUGAAAGCGAGAGAGUGGAACAACUAAACCAGGAUAGGGGGGAGGGAGGGAGGAGAAACAAAUAAAAAUAAUAAGAGACUUUAACGAGACGGACCGGAGACAAAUUUACAAAAACAAGAAAAAAAACUUACUUAAUAAUUUUACUUUAAUUUUUGUGAAUUUGAAAUUUUUCUAAAAUAGACGAAAUAUAUUUGAUGCACAAAUUUUAAAACUAUACAUAAUAAAAAAAAGAGCUUGAUUAGAACCAGCCAUUGGAUUCAUAUAUUAUAGAUGAAAAGAAUUUAAAUUGUUUUGAUUCUAAUUUAUAGGAGUAGAUACAUCUGCUGUCUGCUGGAUUGUCUGUUCCUUUUGUGUUGUACAUUUGAUAAGUGUUCUCCACUGAAAUGCUGACGGCGUUCAAUUACAUUUUUUUUUCCUUUGACCAAUAAAUCAUCUAUGCCCUAUA